AUGAAUAACGGGUCCGUUGAAGAGCAAAAUGCCUUCUUCAAAAGGCCAGAUAAAGCAAUGAGAACUCAUCUUAAACCUUUUUUCAUUAGAGGAAAGGUAGAAAAUAUGGGAAUUAAUAAGAUCUUGGUGGACGGUGGUGCGGAAAUGAACCUAAUGUUGAACUUUAUGUUGCAGAAAGUGGGAAAAUUCGACACAGACCUAAAGCCCCAUAACAUGGUCUUGUCAAAUUAUGAAGGAAAGAUUGGAAGUACCUUAGGGGUGAUCCAAGUAGAUUUAACAAUUGAAACCAUUACGAGGUCAACCAUGUUCAUGGUUAUUGCCUCGAAAGCUAAUUACAAUUUGUUGUUGGGUCGUGAGUGGAUACACGACAUUGGAGCAGUACCAUAUUCAAUCCAUCAAAGGAUUACUAUAUGGAGAAGUGAUGGUAUAGUAUAA